AUGACCAAGGUUGACUCCGCGGGGGAUGGGGAUUCCGCCCCGAUGGCCGCCUCGCCGCCGAGUCUCCCCAAAGCCCCCGUCGAGGCUCGCUCGCUGUCCUCCAUCACCGCAAUUGCAUCCAAUCCCCCCGCCUACCCGCGCAAUCCUACCCAGAAGAAGUUGGAUCCGUUGGUGCUGUAUAUCGUGCGGGUCCCAGGCAGUCGAGAUCAACUGACCCUUGUUUUCUCCCGUCCUUUAGAUGUCUUCCUCACCCCCUUGAAACCCGCUACCAAGUCCAGCGUCUCUGCCGAAGCCAUCAAUUCCUCCCUAUACUAUUUGCACGUCGCCACCCCAGAGGAUGAUGUCUUGCUCCAGGAAUACGAACAGGAGCGCGAAGAGGAGGCUAGGUUGCGGAAAGAAGCCCUUGGAGACGAGGCGGAGGCUCCUCUGCCUUCGCGCGAGUUUGCGCGACUGAACAAUGUCCGGCGCAAGCCUGUUCCUGGCGCGAGCGCGCCCAAGGUCGAUGCGACCGCACCUCCUCCUGCGCGCCCUCGCCCGACUUCCUGGCAGUCGCAGGGAGCGUCCUCGCCGUUGAAUCCAGACCUGCAGCGCCCUGCCCUGCCUCCGCGUCCGAGUUUCCAGGGCCCUGCUCAUGCGAAUGAAUACAACCCUGUCACCCCGCCUUUCGCGCCGGUCAAUCGUGACCCCGUUCUCGAGUCCAUGCCGCUGGAAGAUCCCAUGGCUGCGCGCCCUUCGCGGCCAUUGCCUGCUGUUCCGAGAGAAGAGCCCGUGUUAGGACCGCCUCUAGACCCGCUGCCGGCGAAGAGGGCCAACCGAUGGAGCACUGCGCUGUCGGGGUACCUGGCAAAGGGCCAGGAAACGUGGAAGGAGAAAUAUGAUGCCAUGUCUGGAGGUCGAGCGAGUCUGGAUUCAAGACGACCCCCGGUUAGACCGCAUUCCGCUCAUGGAAGUCCAUCGCAUUCGUUUCUAGGGUCGCCCUCUAGGAGCCCCGCGAGGAGUCCCGCGAGAAGUCCGGGCCAGUCACCUCGCCAGAGGCCGCAUGACAGGGUGGUGCCCGAACGUCCGGGCUUUCAUAUCACUUUGAUUCGUCGCGACCCUACGCAUGGCAGUCAGUGGAAUGUUGCGACCAUGUCGACUCCCCGGAUGGACGGUGGGCCCAUCGACAUC